AGAAAGAAGCUUGGGAAGAGUACUAGAUAAGGAAGAGCUAUCCUAAGUCCAGUUCUUCCGUCUUCUCUCUAUAUAUUGAGUCAUAUGCUGCAUGCAGAACAAUGGAAGAAAAGUAAAAUGAAGAGAUACGGUAGAAGAGGAGUAAGGAGAAGGAACAUAACCACUGUUCUUCUGCCAAGGGAUUUGAUCAUUAAAGUUUUGUUGAGGUUGCCGGUUAAGUCUCUUGUUCGUUUCAAAAGUGUCUGUAAAUCAUGGUUUUCUUUAAUCUCUGAUCCCCACUUUGCAAUUUCACAUUUUGAACUUGCUGCAGCAUGCACGGAGAGACUUCUGUUGUUGGAACCUAGUGUUCCUGAAGUCCGAUCCAUAGACUUCAAUGCACCUCUCCACGAUGAUUCUGCUUCGGCUACAUUAAACCUCAACUUUCUGCCCCCAGAAUCCUAUGGUGAGCUAAUCAUAGGUUCUUGUAGGGGGUUUGUGCUUUUGUGUGGCCUAAGUCUCUGUUUGUGGAAUCCCUCAACAGGUAUCCACAAACAAGUGUGUCCUUCACCUAUUGCAUCGGAUAUGGAUGUCAUGUUUUGCACGUUUCUCUAUGGUUUUGGGUAUGACCCAUCAACAGAUGACUACUUGGUGGUUCAAGCCUCCUACGAUGUAGACUUAGAACCUGCAACCCGUGUGGAGUUUUUCUCUGUCAGAGCUAAUGCGUGGAAAGAAAUCGAGGGCAUUAAUCUGUGUUACAUGAAUUGCUGUGAUGAAGCCAGAACGGGGUCGCUCUUGAACGGUGCUAUUCAUUGGUUGGCUUGUCGUUAUGAUGUAUCAACGAAUGUUAUCGUUGCUUUUGAUUUAACAGAAAGGAGUUUUUCAGAGAUACUUCUGCCUGAAGAUUUAGCUUGCCAGUUUGAUUUUUGCUAUUUGGGAGUACUGGGAGGUUUUCUUUGUGUACACGUUGUGGGGUAUGAAGGGUGUCCAGCAGAAAUAUGGGUGAUGAAAGAGUACAGAAUACAGUCAUCUUGGAGUAAGAGUGUUGCUGUGGUUGUUGAUGAGAUUCCUAGCUACUUCUCACUGAUUUGCUCUACAAAAAGUGGUGAUAUUGUAGGGACAGAUCUUUCUCAAGGAUUGGUAAAAUAUAACAGCGAAGGAGAGCUGCUAGAGCAUCGAUCCUAUUGCGAUGUUCGAGGAAGAUUGCAAACGAUUGUGUAUAGCGAGUCUCUACUUUCACUCCCUUACGAUAGUGAUCAAGCUGAAGAAGACUAACAAUGAAAUAGGCUGUGAUACUUUUACUUUUUUCUUGCUAUUAUCCGUGUAUUACCACUUGUGAAUUGUUCUUGUAUAAUAAAACGUGAAAAAUAAAUAGAACUUGUUGUGUUAUUGUCUUAUUGAAAAA